AUGGAGAACACUUCGAGUAUCACCUUGGAUGCAUUGCCUAAUGCUACCGGCAUUGCUUUGCCAAAUGAAUCAGAGCCCUCGACGUCCAUGCAUGAUGCAGGAAUUGGUACAUCUUCCGUGAUGACCCGUUAUGCCACCCCGCCAAAUGGUGAGACACCCGCUGCUCGGAAGGCAAGAUUGCACCGGCAGAAUCAAGCCGAAUACCGUCAGCGUGUUGCUCUCAACAUCGACGAGCCACCUGUAGCCGCACCAACUACACCCAUUAUCACUGCAGCUUUCGUCGCCAACAUCAGUAACGCUAAUGUGCCUGUGACAACGGUCGUACCUCAACAUCGACGGGAGUACGAGGCAUACCGUCGACGCCAACUUAUGCUGCGAAACGGAAAUCGCACAUAUAAGGCAGGACUCGGCUACCACGACGAUAAUUGCGACGAUCCAGAAAGGCAUCUUUUGGGGCAAAAACAAGAAUGUCCGUACUGUUCAGCAAUGAAAUGGCCAGGAGAAGCUCCUUCGUUGUGUUGCAACAGUGGACAAAUUGUUCUCCCACAGUUCGAUGAACCUCCAGCGGUGCUACGAGAAUUAUUUAAUAUGCGACAAUUUAUGCAACAAAUUCGUGCAUAUAAUAAUGCGUUCGCAUUUACCUCCAUGGGUGCAUCGGUGCGUUUGAACGAUCCAGUACGUCAGGAUGAAGGAGUUGUAGCCGGUCGUGGUGUAUACAACUAUCGAAUCCAGGGCGCCCUAUGUCAUCGCAUCGGUGGUCUUGCACCACCUCCAGGACGUACACCGAUAUUUGCUCAGUUGUACUUCCACGACUCCCACUCAGUGGAACAAAGUAGUGCAACGGUUGAAGCCAGGGUUUCUUUCGCCGGAGGGCUCAAUCGGGAAAUUGUGGCCACGCUACAAAACAUCUUUAAUGAGCAUAAUCCACUUGCUGGCAUGUUUCGCCAUGCGUAUGAACGGAUGGCCCAGGAAGAAAAUUUGCAGCUGCGCAUUCACGCCCGAUUGCAAGGAGUCGAUCACCGUCGCUACAAUCGACCGACAGCGGACGAGGUUGCUGGCAUAUUCGUCAGCAGCGACAAUGCAGAACCUCGAGACAUUGUCUUAGAGAAUCGUGGCACCGGUACCUUGAUGAAAGUGUCUGAGCACUCUCAACUAUACGAUGCGAUGCAAUAUCCGCUGCUACAUCCGUACGCUGAAGUUGGUUGGAGUUUCGGAUUGCGCAAAGCACCAAGGCGGAACAACGCGGGAGCGGCAAGGAACACAAAUACCACAGGUAGUGACGGUGAAGACGACGAAGCUGGUUCUUUAUCAUGCCAGGUGAGCCCUCGCGAGUACGCGGCUUACCGUAUCAGCUACCCCGAAGGAAACCAUUCGCUAUUUCACCGUGCUGGACGUUUACUGCAGCAGUGUUGUGUCGACCAAUACUGCAAAAUGGAAGCACAACGAUUACGAUUUCAGCGUGAAAAUCAAGCGCAGCUGCGUGCUGAUGCCUAUGCCGGUAUCAUGGACCUAGCUGGUGUCGAGCACGUGGUCAACGACUUGCAGCAACCCACAGCACCAACAACGCUGGAUCGAGCAGGCACUCGAGUCAUCCUGGCACCAUCGUUCGUUGGCAGUGACCGCUACAUGCGCGCGCAAUACCAGGAUGCGAUGGCAAUCGUUCGGGCGAUGGGCAAACCGGAUCUGUUCAUCACGAUUACAUGCAAUCCGUCAUGGGUAGAAAUAACGCAGGCAUUACUACCCCGCCAACAAGCUGCGGAUCGACCGGACUUGACUACCCGUGUGUUUCGAGAAAAACUGAAGGCGAUUUUGGCAGAUCUGUCCGCAGGAGCGCUAGGGCUUCAGAUCGCUCGAAUACACGUAAUCGAGUUUCAGAAACGGGGUCUGCCACAUGCACACUGUCUGCUGAUUCUUGGAGACAGCGACAAACCGCGAUCUGCAGCGGACUAUGACAAAGUGGGUUCAGCAGAAAUACCAGAUCCGGUUAAUGCAGAACUGCAUGAAACGGUCCGGAAAUGCAUGAUGCAUGGCCCGUGUGGACCAUCACAUCCUCAGGCACCCUGCAUGAAGGAUGGUGUCUGUUCGAAACACUUCCCGAAAGCAUUCUGCGAACACACACGACGUGAGGAAAAUGGUUAUCCGCUGUACCGUCGCCGUAACAACGGGCGUACCGUGAAGCUCGAUGCUCGGCGUAACCAUGGCGUUGAGCUAGAUAACCGCUACGUUGUCCCCUACAAUCCGUGGCUGGUUAGUAAAUACAACUGCCAUAUCAAUGUUGAGGUGUGCACGACGGUGACCAGCGUGAAAUAUUUGUACAAAUAUGUCUACAAAGGACACGACCGUGUGGCGGUCUCACCGGAUGGGAAGGUGGACGAAAUUCAGCGGUACAUCGAUGCACGGUACAUUUCUGCGUCUGGGAGUUGCUGGCGGAUUAUGCGCUUCGAGUUACGGGCCAAGUCCGAUACAGUCGUACAGCUGCCAAUCCAUCUCGAGAAUCACCAACGCGUCACGUUCAAUGCACAAGAUACGGUCGAGGAUGUGCUCAACCGAGGACACCACACAAUGCUCACGCGGUUCUUCGAGCUGGCGGCCCACGACGAUUAUGCCAGGACGCUUACUUACCAGGAUCUCCCGCUUUACUACCGAUACGCAGUACCGCAGGCAGCACAACGACUUCCUUGGCAGCGUGGUUCAGGCAAACACUGGAUACGCCGUGUACGUAGUGGUGCAAGCGUGAUCGGUCGAAUGGUUUCUUGCUCGAUGGCGCUGAUCGAGCGGUACUGUAUGCGCCUACUGCUGUACUACCGCAAAGGACCAACGUCGUUCCAGGAUUUGCGCACCAUCGAUGGAACAGUUUGUAGUACCUACUGUGGUAUAGUAGCUACUAGGUAUAAGGCGGCUACACUUGCUGGACUGCUUCAGGAUGACUACGAGUGGGACAGAACGAUGCAAGACGCCGUUUCGUUUCAGAUGCCUGCCCAACUGCGCCACCUCUUCGCGCUCAUCCUGUCGGAAGGAUUCGUGCAGAACACGCGACGCCUGUGGGAUACGUAUGCGGAUCAUCUGUGCGAAGAUUUUCGUCGGAGCCAUCGGACACGGUAUACAGCGGAAGACUCCGAGCAAAACCGGAUCCUUCGUGACGUUGAGCAUCUGCGAGCUUUGCAGAUUAUAGAUCGGUAUCUGAGGGGCACUACACCGUCCAAAGAUCUGUUCAGUUUCCCGGACAUGCCGCAGCUGAACGAGUUUGUCCACGUUAGAGACCAGGUGAUGGCGAAAACGAACGUCAAUGCGCUGAUCGAUGCGGAGCGAUCCUACAGCAUAGAUGAUCUUGAGGAAACGCUCUCGACAGUGCAUAUGUUAAAUGCGGAACAGCGAGUUGUGUACGACACCAUCACAGCCGCGGUUGACAAUGCUUCCGAGAGCGACAACAACUUCUUUUUCCUGGAUGGACCCGGAUGUACCGGAAAGUCGUACCUGUUGGAAAAGAUCUUGGCAUAUACGCGUCGACAGUCUAAAAUUGCACUAGCAACUGCUUCGAGUGGCAUCGCAGCGUUGUUAUUGACCGGAGGGAAAACGAUCCAUUCCAUGUUUAAACUGCCGUUAACACUCGAUGACCGUUCCCAAUGUGCUAUCACCAUACAAUCAAAGUUGGCAGAUCUAAUCCGGCAGGCAUCCUUGAUAGUCUGGGAUGAAGCGUCCAUGGGUAGCCGUUAUGCUCUGGAGGCCAUCGAUCGGGCGUUGCAGGACGUAGUGGGGGUCCAGCGACCGUUCGGGGCGAAGGUGAUGCAGCUUUGCGGAGACUUUCGGCAAAUUCUCCCAAUUGUGCCAAAGGGAACCGAUGCCCAGAUCAUUAGCCAGUGCCUGAAGAAGAGCCCUUUGUGGGAGCACUGUCAGAAGUUGAGUUUGCGGGUUAAUAUGCGGGUUCAAAGAGCACCUAACUCGCAUCUAGCCGCCGAGCUGCAGGAAUUUGCCGAGUUUCUUUUGAGCAUCGGUGAGGGGCGGCAUCCAACGUUUGCUGGGUUGGACCCUACCUUCGCAAAAGUUCCCCUCGACAUGAUGCUCAAUUCUUCGACCAACCAGGGAGCUGACGUGCGAGAGCUCAUUGACAAAAUUUACCAUGAAAUCGAGCGAUGGUACAAAGAUCCCAAUUUUUUCACCGAUCGCGAAAUUCUUUCUCCACUGAAUGUUGAUGUGACUGCCAUCAACAAUGCUGUGAAAUUGCCUGAAGUAGACCAAGAGUAUCUGUCGGUCGAUACAUUGGUAAACCCUGAAGAGCACGAACAUCUGCAGUUGCCUCCCGAAUAUCUCAAUUCGCUUAACAUCAGCGGCAUCCCACUGCAUAGCCUUAAACUCAAGCAAUUUGCACCGGUGCAACUUCUUCGGAACCUACACACCGAACGUGGGUUGUGUAACGGGACGCGAUUGCAGAUAGUUGCACUAAGGCGAAACUGCAUCCAUGCGCGGAUAUUAACGGGUAAACGGCGUGGGGACGACGUGCUAUUGCCACGCAUUUACUGCGAUAGCAACGAUGCCGGACUUCCGUUCCAAAUUCGACGUAAACAGUUUCCAGUUCAGGUGUGUUUUGCGAUGACGAUCAACAAAUCGCAAGGGCAGUCUCUGCACGAUCUGGGACUGUAUUUGCCAACCGAUGUUUUCGCACAUGGACAACUCUACGUGGCACUAUCGAGAGUUACUUCACGUGAAAAUGUGGCGAUUUUGAUCCAGCACCCUGAGCGCGUCGAUGAAGAAGGCGUCGCGGCCAAAAAUAUCGUUUACAGAGAGAUCAUUGCUAAUUGA